CGCGGCGCGUGCGGAAGUAAUUUGCACACACGGAAGUACCGACUCUCCCUCCCUCUUUCUCCCUCGAAGAGAGACUUCAUUUCUAACUUUCCUACCGUUAGUCCUCACAGUAUUUAGUGACAAGAUGCCGGCCUACCACUCACAGUUUACUGAUGCCCAGCUCAAGAUAGGGAACCUGGCUCUUCUGCCUCUUAGGACCAAGUUUAGAGGACCAGCGCCAACUAACAGUAGUGAUGAUAGUGACAUCAUUGAUGAGGCCCUGACCUAUUUCAAGGCAAAUGUUUUCUUCAAGAAUUUUGAAAUCAAGAGUGACGCUGACAGGGUGCUGAUCUACAUCACAUUGUACAUCACAGAAUGUCUUAAGAAGAUGCAAAAGUGUGCCUCUAGGAAUGAGGCUCAGAAGGAGAUGACCUCUCUAGCUAUCGCUAAGUUCAGCAUUCCUGGAGAAGCAGGCUUCCCUCUCAAUGCCAUCUACCUAAAACCAACCAAUAGGGCAGAAGAAGACCAAAUGAGGGCGUACGUACAGCAGAUUAGGCAGGAGACGGGCCAGCGCCUGGUAGACAAGGUGCUUGAUCCAGCCACGAGCAGACCUAGCAAGUUCUGGAUGUGCUUUACCAAGAGAAAAUUCAUGGACCGAAGCCUCUCUGGCCCAGGACAAUGAGCAAAAAUAGAUAUAAGGGCAACUCCAAGGUAUUUUGUCCCAUGCAAUACCGACCACAUCUAAGAUUUCAGUAUCUGAUGACCUUCCAUAUCAAGCUGAUAGCCAUAUAAGAGCUUGAAUCAGACAGAACAUCAAAUAAAAUGAUGUUUUAUGUCGAUAGAUGUUCACAAUUCCAUAUUACAAUUUUGUAAUAUUUGGUAACAUGUGGGACUUGCCUUGGACUUGUUCUUAACUGCUUAUUCAUGAGAGACACGCAUAGUGCACACACACACACACACACACACACGCAUGAGAUCAACUCCAUAUAUUGGUUUAUGAUUUUUGGUAACAUAAUUUAACCUACGAAUUAUACAAAUAAUUGAUUAGGGGUUGUUAUGUACAAUUUUGUAGUUAUUGUGAUUAUCGUGUAGUGAUACCAGGAAAAAAAAAGACUAUUGACUAAUAGUCGUAUCAAGUAAAUUUUUGUGUGUGAUGGUAUAUAAAUGGAAAUUAGGCAUAUGAGGUUUGGAGCACAGAGCCUUCCCUUGUGACCAUUCACCAAGAAUUUAAAAAAUUGUUUACAGUGUUGGUGAGAAAGUUUAUUUACUGUGUAAUUAAAGUGCUACGUAAAAAAUAUUACAAGCAGGAAGAACAGAUAUACAACGGUGCAGUAGUCCUGCAUCUCGUGAUAUCAACUUUCAUGUCAGAAAUCUACAUUCCCUUUAAAUUUAGGUGUGCACUUUGUAUGUCUCUAAAAAAUAAGCUAAAUUAAAUAAUUUUAUAUUGUCAUCUUCCUUCAUGUAUUAUUAUUAAAUAGCCUUUUUUUAUUGAUAGAUAGCUAGGUUUGUUGUUUUGCGUCAUAUGGUUUAAGAAAAUUGUAUUUUCUAGGAAACAUGAUAAUGCAUUCUUUAGUGAACGUCAAUGCGUUGUAGUUGACACUCAUGCAAGACUUGGGAGAUGUGGAACAGUAAAGGACUACCGGGUAGUUACAUAGUUGAAUAUAAUCAAAGUAAAUACAUGGAAAUCCCAGUACAUGUGUAUCAAAGUCACUUGUAACACUUGCCUUCCCAGACAACAAUGUUUUACAUGGUUCCAUAGAUUUUUCUUUUGAAAUGGUCAGUAAGCAUUACAUUUGGCAUAUAAAUUGCGGAUAUUAGAACCUAAAAGAUGAAAGAAAUCGAAGAAUGAAGUGUGUCAUAUGAAUAUUAUUUUGUCUAACUAUAAGCGUAUGUGUAUAUUAUUUGAUGAUGCAUUUGCUGGUAAUCACAAUGUAUAAUGGAAAAAGCUUUUUUAUGAUGUGCAACAGUUCAUAUAUAUAUAUAUACACAAAUUACUCCCAAUAAAUCUGUAAUUACUUCCUUUUCUUGCUAUCAUUAAUAUUUCCCUAAUGUCAUUCCAGUUAUUUAUGAUUCUUUAACAAAAAUUGCAUAUGGAUCUAGGAUGUUUCUGUCUGCUCACAUUUUGUCACAAAAUUAGUUACAGUUUUCAAAACUGUAACUUAUUUUGUAAUAAACUUAUAUAGACUCAAAUAGGAAUGCUUUAACCAAAUAAUGAAAGAUUAUCUGUAUUGUAGUCAAUAUUUUCAUGAUUCAUCCAUGUAUAUUGGCGGUGUUUGACACUGUAGAGACCACACUUUGACGAAAUUUUCCUAAUUUCUUGUCGUCCAAAAGCAUUGUCAUCCAUUAGGAAGAAGGAGGCCCCUAAUUUCUUUUGGAAAUUAAAUUUAAUUAAGUAGUUUGCAUAAAAUGUGUUUCUUCAUAGUGUAGUCAAUAUUGUUACAUUCUUGAGCAAGCAGUCUCAUUAUAAUAUAGUUAGAGAUUAAUUACUUGUUUGUAUUGUUCCCCGAGCCGAGGGAGAAAGUUGUUCUGAACUACUUCUUUGUACAGAGAUCUCUCCAUAUGUCAGUGAUAACUUACUUUUCAAAAUUGUAUUUAUAUUAAUCUCAAUUUUGUAUCAAUGAAAGGAGAAAUAAAGCACCAGUAAAGUAUAUAAGUACACACUCCUAAAGUAGACACCUGCUUUUAUUAUCUUGACCCCUCUAUAAAAUCUUGUCGAAUUGAGGUGAAAAGUGUCCCUUUAAAGCUGUGUUUAUCGGCAUUAUAUUUAUCAUCAUAGUCGGAAUGGUAGUCAUAUCUAUUUCUAUGGAAGUAAAAGAAAUAUUGUCCUUUUCAUUAUUGCUGUAGUUAUAAGAAGAAGAAAGAAAAAAAGAAUAUAUGUAUCAUGAUUAUAAUGAUAAUGAUAAGGAUGCUGGAUAUAUAUGUCACUGCAUUGUAGAUUUUCUUAAAAUAUUGCAAAUUAAAUGUACACUAUUGUACUGAUAGCUCUGUGAA